UAGACACACCGAUAUGUAUUGUCUCUUUAAAUAGCUUAUCCAGUGAAGUAUUAUUCACAACAAGAUUAAGCAAACUAACAGAAACUCUGAAAAGGUCUUUCAAUAACAUUUCUUUAGUGGAUUAAAUAUUAAAAAGCCAUAUCCAUAUAGCCAGUGGAUGAUUUGUUGAUCAGUUGAUGAAGUUAUCACAUUUGUUUUGAUAUAACACAACUGGAGUGAGUCUGGUUAAUACUAAAACAUGGAAUUUUACAAUCGCCAAACUAUGGGCUACAAUGGACCUACCUAUGCAGGGGGUAGUUCCUUCCCAGCAUACACCAAACCUCCACAAAGGGGACACUUGAUUCAUGAAGUUGGACAGUAUGGCUUCAGACUUGGUAUGUGUAACUAUCCAUGGUAUGUUGAUGCAAGGGCUGGUGAUAUUGUUAUUUCCGAUAAAGGAAACGACAGGAUUCAAGCAAUGACCUCCAAAGGUGACGUCCACAAGACAUUUGAAGCUUACGGAGGAAUCGGCCACACAGCUAAUAAGUUUGUUCAACCGAGUGGUGUUGCAGUGUGUGACUCGACAGGCACAAAUAUGGUCAUUGCUGACACUGGGAAUCGUAGAGUCAACCUUGUCAAGGUCAGUGGAGAGGGCUUUGAUAUGGUCCACAGCUUUGGACAGCAAGAUUUCAUUCAACCAAUGGGUGUUGAAUUUGACAUUAGAAGGAAUGUUAUUCUUGUCACUGAUUACAUGGCAAGUAGAGUGACACUACAUGAGCUGAAUGGAUUAAGCCAUGGUCCAUUCCGUGAUGACCCUCAAUGCCCUCUGAAAGGCCCUGCUGAUGUAGCAAUCAGUGAACAAGGACAGAUUUUUGUGAGUGAUUCUGGUAACGAUUCAAUUCAGGUUUUCGAUAAGAGUGGGAACUUCAUUGGGCGAUUAGGAGAACGUGGAUCAGGAGAAGGACAGUUUAUAAAGCCAUGGGGAGUGUGCAUCGACAGAAAGGGUAAUUUGUUAGUGGCUGAUGAGGGAAACAACAGAGUACAGAUGUUUUCCAGUGAUCUUAGAUAUAUCUGUGAUGUGGUCAAUGAUAUCCAUACACCAAAAGGCAUCUCUGUUGGUAUACAUGAACAGUUAGUGGUCACAUGUGGAGAUCCAAGAGCAUUUGUUAAAAUCUAUAACUACAUCUGAGUUACAAGAUGGAGAACCAUAAUAAACAGUAUGUUUUUUUCAUUGCCUAACCUAUUGAUGGUGCCAAAAAAGACAAGCAACUACCUUUCAGAUGAAACUGUAUGAAAGUCAAGAUAAAUUGAGUGGAGAGUCUUUAUUCAUAUAUCCUCAUUUUAGACCAAUGGCAUUAAUAUUAUAGAGUUAAGCACAAGUCAAUUUGUACCUUUAACUUUCCAUAUGUUCUUCUGUUGUCUAACUUCACACAGUUCAUCUUUUACAUAGGCCUUGUACUA